AUGCUAGACAUUGCCGUUCUUAUUGGCGCAGACCACUACUGGGACUUGGUUGAAGACACUGUUAUUCGCGGGAACGGUCCUACAGCUGUGAAGUCAAAGCUAGGCUACCUACUGUCGGGUCCUGUUCAUACGGGGACUACAUCAAAAACCACAGGCAAGAGUCACAUGAUGAACGUGAUCGCAACCCGCCCGCCAAACGCCUCAAUACUUGAGCGAUUUUGGAAACUUGAAAGCAUGGGUGUCACGUCAGAUGGUCAGGACCAGAAAGAGCUGGACUACAUACAAGAGUACCAAGACAAGUGCAUUGCAUUUCGUGACGGACGUUAUGAAGUCAAAUUACCAUGGAAACAAGACCACGCACCAUUACCCACGAACUUUGAAAUUGCCCUAAAGCGGACAAUGGGCACUAUUCAUAGACUCCGUCGUGAACCAGAAAUGCUUCAACAGUAUCAUGAAGUUAUCAAGGAACAGGAAAGACGUGGUUUUAUAGAGAAAGUUUGUGUCGAUAAGGAGUCACCGUCUCAAACAGUCCACUACAUUCCACACCAUCCAGUACGGAAAGACUCAUCUACAACCCCUGUUCGUGUAGUCUAUGACUGUAGCUGCCGAAAGUCUGCAAGUCACCCUAGUCUAAAUGAUUGCUUGGAGUCAACCCCGCCUCAACUGAAUGACUUGACAACGCUGCUUGUACGAUUUCGAAUGCACAAGUAUGCCGUUACUACAGAUAUAGAAAAGGCAUUUCUGCACGUCGGCCUCCACGAAAAUGACCGAGACAUGACCAGAUUUCUUUGGUUCGAAGAUCCUUACGAUACACAGGAUAAAGUCGUAGUGUAUCGCUUCAAAGCUGUGUUGUUCGGCGCGACCUGUUCACCUUUCAUUUUGAACGCCACACUUUUAAAGCACCCACGACAGAACAAAGACUGUAACGCUGUAAACGUGAUUGAGCGUGAUCUUAACGUCGAUAACGUCAUUUCGAGUUUUGAGUCUGAAACGGAAGUGUUGAAGUAUUUUCAUGAAUCUAGAACGUUGAUGUCAAAAGCUGGCAUGAACCUUAGAUCGUGGUCGUCAAACAGCGAAGCACUUCAGAAAGUAGCUUUACGGGAAAACGUCCUAGAUGAAGAAGACGUCACCAAGGUUCUCGGUCUACGGUGGAAGACGGAAAGUGAUACAAUGCAGUUUGUCAUAAGGAACAUUCCAGAAGUACUUGAGGUCACACAAAGAAUGAUAUUGAAGUUUUCGUCUCAGAUCUACGAUCCUCUUGGCCUACUCAGUCCUGUUACAGUGAGGGCUAAGAUUAUGCUGCAAGAUAUUUGGAAAGGCAACUAUGAUUGGGAUACGCCUCUGCCAUCUGCUAUUCAAACAUCGUGGUCCAACAUUCCUGCUGAUCUCAACACAGCAACGGAGAUGACAGUCAAACGCCAGUUCCUAUCCAGCACGGAUGAUGGCAAAGAAACGAAGUCACCAAAAGAGCUUCAUGUGUUCGUUGACGCUAGCAUGAAGUCAUAUGGUGCGGCAACAUACGUAUAA